AUGGUUGAAAACGAUGAUGUGCACAAGUUAAAAAAGGUAAAAAGCUUGCUUGAAAAUAUUCCUGCAAAUGAAGAGAUGAACAAGUAUGAGCUACAAAAUCAACUCAAAUCGUACAAUAUUGCAGAUAUUCGCAACUUUGAGAAAAGCUUGAAACCAGAAGAAAAGGUACAGUAUGUUCAGUCGAUAAUCAGACAAAUUGUCAAUUUGUCAAUACCAGAAGAAACUUCAUCAUCAUCAUCAUCAUCAAAACCAAAACCAAAACCAAAAGUAGGUCGAGGGAAAAAAGCUAAAGUUGGUCUGUUGAAAAAGGAUAAGCUUUUGUCUAAUGCAAGACUUGAGCGAAUCUAUGACUAUUGGCAAUUGCCACAUAAUGUGUCACUACCAUUAGUCAAUCCUUUGAACAAUGGCAAAUCUACGCCAUUUCAAUUUUAUCUGACACACAAUUCUGAUAAAUCAAUACUAAAAGCUCCUAGAUUAUCAAUAACAAAAUUGUUGAUUGAUAAUUGGUGUCAGUUGAGAGAUUAUUAUACUAUUUUUUCAGGGAACAUCAAAGUAAGCAAUGCGUAUAUGGAAAAGGGGUCUCGGCAUCAUGCAAAGUUGGAAGUUGAAUCACAUCCAGAAUCACAGAUUGAUUUUAAAAAUAUUGAUGAGUUUCUCAUUGAGAAUGUUGAGCAGUUGAAAUUGAAAUUAAUAGGGAGUGAAGGUGUAGAAGGUGUAGAAGAAGGCACGGAAAUUACUGAGGAGUUGCAACUGUUGAUAAAUAUUGAUGAUGGGGAUUUGUUGGCUAUGGAUUGGUGUGAAAAGAUUGUCUAUCGGUUGUUUUCGUUACUUACUAAAGGAGAAGCCAGAGAGAUUUUGGUUCAUGGGUAUAUCAGAUUCAAGGAAAAGAACUUUGUUGAGCCGAUGGGGACUGAAGUUAAUGCAGAACAGUUUGAAGAUUCCAUUCUUGUUAGCGGAGUAGUUGAUUUACUUCAAUUUUCCAAUCCUCGAAACAGGUCCGAUUUGAAAAUGCUUAUUGAAACCAGAGAUAUGAUUAAGUUUGAGUUUAAUAGAAAUGAUGAUGAUGAUAAUGACGAUAGUCGUAGCUCGAUUGUUGAUAUUUCUUCAUUCCUUAAGGAGAUGAAAAUCAUUUUAAAAGAUUACAAUAAAAAGGAGUUGGCCUUGACUAUAUGUGAUGUCAAAUCCAAAACAUGGAACGCUUUACCAUCAUAUGACUCUGUUUUACAAGGAGCAAAAUUGCAAACCUUUUACUAUCGAUAUUUAUUUGAAUUAUUAAGCCAAGAUGAAAAGUUCACAUACCAAUGUCUCUUGAGAAACGCUGAAUUGCGUGGCUUGGAUAUAGACAAACCAUUAAGCUCUUUGGUUGUUUUGAAGAUGUUGAUAGCCCAUUAUGAUUUAUUUUAUAAAGAUUUUGAAAAAUUGAGUAAUGGUGAGAAUAUCGGAUUUGAACCAUAUGAUGAAUAUAUCACUCAAGAAAAGAGCAAGGAGAAUUCCAGCAUCAAGCCAUAUCCAUUUUAUCUAAUUUUCCAAAUGGCAGAGGACUUUUCAUUUGAUGAUAAAAAGCAUGAAUCAUUCUUUGUCAAUCUUGAACAGUAUACUUUGAUGAUCAACAACAAUUUCGAUAUUAAUCAAUAUCUUAAGCCACUAUUAAAAGUUUGGAAGACUCCACCUACAUUAAGGUACUUUGCUGCGCGAUCAUCUCAGUUUUAUCGUAUUUUCAACGACUUUGUUAGUGAUGAAACUAGAGUAGAGUAUCAUAAUUCAGAAACUGAUAAAAUCUUCAAAACAUUCAAGUACAAGUAUUCUAGUGAUGAAUUGAAGAGUCAAAUUAAACAAGCAAGUUCAUUUUGGAAUGGUGAUCUAAUACCCAAACCAGUAGAUGACUAUGGAAAAUGUAAAAAUUGUGACUUUGCGUCUAAAUGUACCAUAUCAUUGAGCCAGGGUUUGGAUAAGGGUGAGAAUGAGCACGAUUAUGGUUUGAAUAUGGGAAAGAAAAUGAUUGGACCUAUGCUUUGCAAUUUCUUAAGCGAGAAUGGUAAUGAUGAGAAGAGUAGUAAUCGAUGUACCUAG